UAUGAAAGUGUGUUUUCCAUCGACGAGGAGGACGGUAUGCUGGAAACACCGGAGUUAAUCCAGAAGUACGGAUAUCCGUUGGAACGACACGAAGUCACCUCCGAAGACGGAUAUGUACUGGCGCUGACGAGAAUCGCAGCUUCAACAGAACAAACUGAACACUCAAUGCCACUGCUGCUCGUGCACGGAAUGUUCGCAAGCUCGGCCGACUUUCUGAUUGCGGGCCCAAACAACAGCCUUGCUUAUCUGCUAGCUGAUGAAGGCCACGAUGUAUGGUUAGUGGACAUGCGCGGAAAUCGAUACUCACGUCGACACACUCGCUUCAGCACCGACUCACCGGAGUAUUGGAACUAUUCCUGGCAUGAGAUGGGUUACUACGAUCUGCCGGCGGUGAUAGACUACAUCUUGCAGGUGACCACAGCGAGGCGUCUCCAUUACAUCGGCCACUCGCAGGGUACGACCGUGUUCUUCGUGUUGACUGCCACUCGACCGGAGUAUAACGAAAAGAUAGUGCGCAUGUACGCACUCUCCCCGGCCGUGUACGCUCGGCACAUCCGAAGUCCGAUCUUCCGGUGGCUUGCGGAAAAUGCGCCAGCUAUCAAAAAAUUCCUGGACAGCGCCGGAGUGGUGCAGGUGUUGCCCCACAACCCUGAUCAAUAUGUGCUGCAAAAAGCGAUCUGCCCGGCUUGUGUUCCGAGGAGUAUAUGUAGCCUGUUCGUCGAACAGCUCGUAGGUCCUAAUCCCAAUGGCACUGAUAAGCUUGCGCAGCACGUUAUUGCUGGUCACAACCCUUCCGGGGCCUCUAGCAAACAGCUACUACAUUUGUCCCAGUUAUGUCGUGCUGGAAGCUUCCAGCAACUUGCGUACCAAGGAAAAGAGCAAAAUCUCGCUGUUUACGGGCGAGAAGAGCCUCCAGCAUACAAUCUGACUGCGAUUACUACUCCGAUCGUAAUGUUUUACGCCCUGAACGAUUGGAUCAUCGAUCCACGUAAUGUCAUUAGAUUGGCGGAAGAGCUGCCCGCUCUGGUGUCUGUGAACGUCGUUGAGGAUCGGAACUUCAACCAUUUGGACUUUAUGAUAGCGAAACGAGUGCGUUCACUCGUGUACGACAAGAUACUGGAUGAUAUUAAUCAGAUCAGGCGGAGCGAAAAGCCGAACCACCGGAAGUCGGAUACAAAUAGCUUAUAA